AUGGCCUCAGAACUUCCCGUCCCAGAGACUCGCGUCCUGGCCGUGGCCAGUCACGUAAGCCUCUUGCCCAGUGUGACGCCUAGGGGCACCAUCAUUAACAAAGCUCCAGGUUGUCUCGGGGUAAGUCCAGCCAGCUCAGAACCAUGGCCUCCCAGGCUUAUACUCCCUAGAAAUGUCGGCAACAAGAUCGCAGUCUUCACGCUGCAGUCACUUGGCUGCGAAGUUGCCGCGCUCAACACUGUCCAGUUCAGAUACCGCCAAUGGACCGGCACAAAAGUCACCGCCCAGGAGAUUGAGUCGCUUUAUGAGGGUCUCAAGAACUCGUUUCUCGACGACUUUGACAUGAUGCUCUCUGGAUACAUCCCUGGCGCCGACGCCGUCGCCGCCGUGGGGCGCAUCGGCAAGGAGCUCAGGGAGAAGGCCAACGCCCGGUCUACACCAGGCAGCUUCUUCUGGGUCCUUGACCCGGUCAUGGGCGACAACGGCAAGCUCUACGUCGCGGAAGAGGUCGUGCCUGCGUACCAGGCCCUCGUCGAGUACGCUGACCUCGUACUGCCCAACCAGUUUGAGGCAGAGCUACUCUCCGGAGUCAAAAUCACCGACAUGGACUCCCUCGAGAAGGCCAUCCAGGUCCUCCAUGAGCGCUACCGCAUUCCUCACGUCGUCAUUACCUCCGUCAGCAUCCCCUCCGCCGACCAGCCGCCUGACCACCUCUCCGUCGUCGGCUCGUCCAUGACCUCCGACGGCCGGCCGCGCCUCUUCAAGAUUGUCUUCCCGGCCAUCGACUGCUACUUCAGCGGCACGGGCGACAUGUUCGCCGCGCUCAUGACGGUGCGCAUGCGCCAGGCCGUGUGGCAGAGCAGCGCCGCCGCCGAGCUCCGCGCCGGCCGCGCCUGGGUCAGCGGCGACGACGUCGAUGUGCUCGACCUGCCGCUCGCGAGGGCUGCCGAGAUGGUGCUCGCGAGCAUGCACGAGGUGCUCACCAAGACGGCCGAGGGCAUGGGGGCCGCGGGCCGGGGGGAGGCGGACGAGAGGAAGGCGCACCUCGUCAAGAGCCGGCGCGCGGAGCUGAAGCUCGUCCGAAACCUGGCGAGCUUGAGGGAGCCGACGGUGGCGCUCAAGGCCAAGAGGAUAUAG